GGCUGCAGCUUUUCUCUGCUUCCGCGUCCCGGCGGGGGCGCCCGACUCAGUUUACCGAGAAAAAUGCAUUCUCCGGGAUGCCUUCGCGUCUCGUCUUCCCUCGGGUGACUCGAGAGACUGCUGAUUCUGAAAAGGGAUGUGACUUUCAGAAUAAUCCAGAAUGAGAAGCAUGAGUCCAAAUGUCCCUCUGCUGAAUGAUUACAAGCAGAACUUCCUUCUAAAGCGCUUUCCACAGACUAUUCUUGGAGGCCCACGACUCAGAUUAGGCUACUAUGCCCCUCCUUAUAUAUAUGUCAAUCAAAUUAUCCUUUUUCUGAUACCAUGGGUUUGGGGUGGAAUAGGAACACUCUUGUACCAGUUAGAUGUCCUGAAAGAUUAUUACACAGCAGCUCUUUCAGGUGGACUAAUGCUGUUCACUGCAUUUGUUAUCCAGUUCACAAGUUUAUAUGCCAAAAUCAAGUCGGCAACAGUAGAAAGAAUGCUAACCACAGAUAUUUUAGCAGAAGAAGAUGAGCAUGAAUUUACAAGUUGUGCUGGUGCUGAGACUGUCAAGUUUCUAAUUCCUGGCAAGAAAUAUAUAACCAACACAGUUUUUCAUUCUGUUCUUGCUGGCCUGCUGUGUGGUCUUGGAACAUGGUAUUUGCUUCCAAAUAGAAUAACCUUGCUGUAUGGCAGUACUGGAGGCGCUGCUCUGCUCUUUGUUUUUGGAUGGAUAACACUAUGUAUAGGAGAAUAUUCAUUAAUUGUAAACACAGCUAUAGAGACUGCAACUUUCCAAACCCAGGAUACUUACGAAAUCACUCCUCUCAUGAGACCUCUUUAUAUUUUUUUCUUUGUUUCUGUGGAUCUUGCACACAGAUUUGUUGUAAAUAUUCCAGCUCUAGAACAAAUGAAUCAGAUCUUACACAUCUUGUUUGUAUUUUUGCCCUUUUUGUGGGCACUUGGGACUCUGCCCCCGCCUGAUGCCUUUUUCUUUUGGGCAAUGGAGCAAGUUUUAGGGUUUGGUCUUGGAGGUUCAUCUAUGUCAACUCACCUACGGUUAUUAGUAAUGUUUAUCAUCUCUGCUGGAACAGCUAUAACAUCAUAUUUCAUUCCCAGCACUGUUGGUGUGGUUCUUUUCAUGACUGGACUUGGGUUCUUACUGAGUCUUAACUUAAGUGACUUGAGUUUUGUCUUCAAACACAGUGGAGUAGGAACCAACUCAAAGGCUUCACCCAGUGAUUCAGAAAAAUGGUUUAUGUGGAAGCAUUGCCUUUUUUAUGUCAUUAUAUUAGUCUUUGCUCUCUUAGAAACUAGUUUGCUACAUCACUUUGCUGGUUUCUCACAGAUUUCCAAAAACAGUUCCCAGGCUAUUGUUGGCUAUCUUUUGAUGACACUACUUAUAACACUGUGGAUACUUAGAGAAAUUCAAAGCGUCUAUAUCUUUGGAAUCUUCCGAAAUCCUUUCUAUCCAAAGGAUGUACAAACAACUGUGACUAUAUUCUUAGAGAAGCAAACAAACCUUCUCAAGAUUGGUGUUGUCAGACGAAUUUUGCUGACUCUAGUAUCACCUUUUGCUAUGAUAGCAUUUCUUUCAUUGGAUAGUUCCUUACAAGGGCUCCAUUCUGUGUCUGUCUCCAUUGGAUUCACAAGAGCUUUUAGAAUGGUAUGGCAGAAUACAGAAAAUGCUUUAUUGGAGAUAGUCAUUGUAUCAGUGAUGCACUUAUUGAUCUCUAGUACUGACUCAUGGUGGAACAGAAGCUUGAAUACAGGAAUAAGACUCUUAUUGGUUGGUAUCAUGCGUGAUCGUCUGAUUCAGUUUAUCUCCAAAUUGCAAUUUGCUGUUACUGUACUUUUGGCAUCAUGGACAGAAAAAAAACAUCGAAAAUCAACUGCCAUUUUAUGUAUACUCAACAUUAUCUUCUCUCCAUUCGUGUUGGUCAUCAUUGGUUUUUCUACACUACUUUCCUCUCCCCUACUCCCUCUCUUCACCCUUCCUGUGUUCUUGGUGGGGUUUCCCCGACCUAUUCAGAGUUGGCCAGGAGCAGUGGGCACUACAGCUUGUGUGUGUGCAGAUACGGUAUACUACCACCAGAUGGUCCCCAGCUUGACUGCUGCGUUGCAGACUGCAAUGGCAGCUGGAAGUUUAGGGCUUCUCUUACCUGGGUCUCAUUACUUGGGCCGUUUUCAGGAUCGUUUAAUAUGGAUAGUGAUUCUAGAAUGUGGCUACACUUACUGCUGUGUUAACAUCAAGGGGUUAGAAUUGCAAGAAACAUCCUGUCACACUGCUGAAGCCCGAAGAGUUGAUGAAGUGUUUGAAGGUGCUUUUGGGCAAGAAGAAGACACACAAGUCUGUUCCCUUAAUGAACACUUUGGAAAUGUCCUGACACCCUGUACUCUUUUGCCUGUGAAACUAUAUUCUGAUGCCAGGAGUAUCCUAUCUGGAAUAAUUGAUUGUCAUGAAAACUUAAAAGAAUUUAAAGAUGACCUUGUUAAAGUGCUUGUGUGGAUACUUAUUCAGUACUCCUCCAAAAGGCCGAGCAUGCAGGAGAAUAUUCACGAAACUGAAAGUAAAGGAGAAACACCUCAAAUAAUCUUGCCUGCUUUGAACACUUCACCUCAUCCCAAAUCUACAGAAGACACAGAUAGUUUAAAUUCAGAAACUCUUGAUGACUGGUCUGAUAACAUUUUUGAUGAUGAGCCAAACAUCAAAAAAGGAAAAGAUCAGCUCAAAGAUUGGCCAGCUACAAAUUUGCCUAUUCCAGGAUCAGUACCCUCACAGAGAGUUGAUGAUCAUUCUACAGGCUCAGAUCCUGAGUGUGAUCUUUUCAAAACCAUUUUGUUGGGAUACCCUGCUAUUGACAAAGGCAAACAAAUAGACAUGGCAUAUAUCCCUCUCAUGGAGUUCAGUUGUUCCCAUUCUCAUUUAUUGAGCUUACCUGAAGAGUGGAGGCCUAACUGUAUGCCUAAUUCUAAAAUGAAGGAGAUGAGCUCGUUAUUUCCAGAAGACUGGUACCAGUUUGUUUUAAGGCAGUUGGAAUGCUUCCACUCACAAGAAAAGGCCUCAAGUAUACUGGAAGACAUUGCAAAGGACAAAGUUUUAAAAGACUUAUAUGUUCGUACAGUGAUGACUUGUUAUUUUAGUUUAUUUGGAAUAGACAAUAUGGCCCCUAGUCCUGGUCAUAUAUUAAGAGUUUACAGUGGUGUUUUACCCUGGUCUAGUGCCUUGGAUUGGCUCACAGAAAAACCAAAGCUGUUCCAACUAGCUCUGAAAGCAUUCAGGUAUACACUAAAACUAAUGAUUGAUAAAGCAAGUUUAGGUCCCAUAGAAGACUUUAAAGAACUGACUACCUGCCUUGAAGAAUAUGAAAAUGACUGGUACAUUGGUUUAGUAUCUGAUGAAAAGUGGAAGGAAGCAGUUUUACAAGAAAAGCCAUACUUGUUUUCUCUGGGAUAUGAGCCUAAUAUGGGAGUUUACACAGGGAGGGUACUCUCCCUCCAAGAACUGCUGGUCCAGGUUGGGAAGUUGAAUGCAGAAGCUGUGAGAGGCCAGUGGGCCAAUCUUUCAUGGGAAUUGCUUUAUGCUACUAACGACGACGAGGAGCGCUACAGCAUACAAGCUCAGCCACUGCUUUUAAGAAACCUGACGGUGCAAGCAGCAGAUCCUCCCCUGGGAUAUCCAAUAUUUUCAUCAAAACCCCUCCCUGUACAUUUGUGUUAGAGCUCCUGUCCUAAGUAACAAUGUAAUUUCUUAAGGUUUUCUUGCUGCCCUAAAGAGGCUUGAGAAAAGCUUAGCUCCAUAAAACCUGAUUCUCAUCUCCAUUUUAGUGGUCAAAGAACCAAUAAGAACAACAACUUCAUUAUCUAAUAUAAAAGUUAGAAUUAUCUGGCCAAUAUUUGUGCUCUGUGGAU